GUCACGGCGAGGGUCGGAAACAGCCCUGAGAUAACAAGAAUUACUAGUUAUUGUUAGCUAGCGGCUCGGUGCGAGAGAAAAGGAAAGAAAAGACAGUGUGAGUGGAGGGGAUCGGGAGGCGCGUUCAUGUGUAAGGAGUGCAGAACUAAUGGACGCGGAAAUGGGAGAGCCCUCAGCGAAGGAGCAUCAGGGUGUGAAGGAUGCGGAGACGAGCAGCUCGACGACGCAGAUGCACACCCUGAAGAAUGAAGAUGGCUAUGAAAUUUCCAUCCCCUUUGAGGAGAACAACUUUGAGCCGCCCGGGUUCUUUAACCACACUGAGCAGAACUUUGAAGAGUCCUCAUCAGGUUUGCCGCCCCCUGGGAGCUCCUAUCUCCUGAUCACAAACCUGCGCACGCAGCUGCAGAUCUCCCUUGAGAAGAACUCCUGGCUGCAGAAACGCAUUGAGGACCUGGAGGAGGAGCGGGACUUCCUCCGCUGCCAGCUGGAUCGCUUCAUCUUUUCCACCAAGAGCCAGGAGAGGAAUGGAUAUGAAUCAAGAACUUUUUCCUGGGGAAGAAAGAGAGCAAAUGAAAGGGAGCUCCAAUGUUCCACAUCUCGUCGAUUGUAUUCCCGAAGGUCUACCCCUUCAGGCCUUUCCAACAGCAGUACAGCUAGUUCCAGUCAGACAAGGAAUCCAGCGGAAACAGAGCUGUCCUCUACAGCCUCUGAACAGCUCCUCCAGGGACAAGCUGGGAACAAAAGCAAGCCCAUAAAUGACAUACCUGAAUCCUUGUCACUACUUGGAGAGGAGGAGUUCUUUGAAGAAGAUAGCUACUUGGGGGAGGAGGGGAUGAUGCCUGGGGAGGAAGUGAUGGCUGAGAACAUGAGUGUGAGCAACCUGGGAUCAGGCUCCAACAGUGGGCUGAUGAGGAGGCGGGUCUUCCGAAUUUCUCGUGCGAGGGAGAGACAGAGAGUGAAAGAUGCUGCAGGUGUGCUCUUUCGGUACAAAAAGAUACUUAUGACCUACCAGCGGCUAAAGAACAUGUCCAAGGCCUUCCAAAUCCAUGGAGUGGACCGCAACACAGUUGCUUCAACAACACCCAUUGCUGAGCUGUUGCUUGUGGCUCCUGAAAAGGUGGCGGAAGUGGGCGAAUUUGACCCCACCAAGGAGAAGCUCCUGGACUAUGCACGUCGCUGCUAUGUUGCCCUAGAUGAGCAGACUCUUAACAAAGUACAGGAGCUGAAGAAGAACAACCUGCUGCUGCCCAUUUCCUACAGGUUCAGGCACUGAGGGGGCUGAUGGGGUUCUUGGGUACAGUGGGCAUUUGGUUCUUUACAGAGAGGAGGUAAUGGAAAGAAGAAAUCGUACAUGUAUUCACAUACACUCAGAGAUUUUCUCAGCCAUGGAGAAGCAGUACAAAAGGGUUUUCAACAGAAAAUGGCAGAAGAGAGCAUUGAAUAUUUUUGGUUGUUAAACUUACUUCAGGAUACUCUGGAAAGAGUAGAAUGGAAGGGGUUAUGCUUUAUGGUGGCAUAAAACGAAAACCUCUGGUCUCACAAUGGAAGGAACAUGAGUGCAAUAAGGAAAGAUGCAUCCUUCACAGGCCCACAUGCAUCUCCCUUACUGAGCCCUUAAACUGAGCACCUUUGUAAAUGCAUUGUGGAAGAAGUUGUCAAACUGAAACAUAAGUAUACAUAUUUUGAUGUUUCUGACAGAACUAAGGUAAAUGGGUAUAAUGCAGGUAUGUUUCUGUGAAUCCCUAGUGUGCACGCUAAGGGCUUUGGUAGAAACAGUGGUUAAAUUGCUGGACUUUCAUUUUCUCUGUCCCUCAGUUCAUUUGUCAGUGAAUGUCAUUUGUGUUUUUGUUUCCUUUGUUUUUUUUUUAGGUUAAAAGGAGGAGAGGCAAAAUAAUUGGAUGAAUGCUACUCUGAAAUAUCUGCUGUAGAGUAAUGCACAACACUAUUUUGUUGUACCAUGGUACAUGUUGUACUGUACUUCUGUGACAUUUAUUAAAAUGCAUAGCAUAUUGGAAUUCUUUUGCAACAGAGCGAGCAUAUUGUUUUAAGUGCUAUGCUGUACUGUAAGUUGUACUACACUAAGGUAAAUUAAUAUUGUACUUUUUUUAAAUUUACAAAUUUGCACUAAUUUCUUACAUUGCCAAUGCAUGCUUUAAUGAUAUAAAGAAAUAUAAUUAAAAUGUUAUUGAUAACGUUUGCAAUUCAGGUAGCUAUGCACACUGAAUUGAUAUAAUGAAACUUACUAUGACUAGGGUGAAAGAAUACCUGUCAUUAUCAAAUUAGGUUGCACAUUCUGUGAUUUAACAAAAAAAAAAACACUACUUUUUCACAUUAGGCUGUAAGGCAGUAGCUCACUGGAUAACUAAUGCUCUAUAGUUCAUAAAAUGCUCUAGUAUAAUCAGCAAUGCUUUUAGCUGUAGUGUAGCUGUGUAGUAGCGUG